UUUUCUUCUUCCUUCACAUCGUUCUAGAGUGUAGAUUCGUAAAGUGGUUCUACACGAAACGAAAAAAUAUAUAAAAAAAUUAGUUGAAUUAAAUUUUUAAUCAGAAGGCGAAAGCGAAACUUAUUUCUAUCCCCUCAGAAUAUACUCAAAGUCAAGUUGAAAAAAUAUGUCUAGAAAUUAGAAACUCACAAAAAGGAAUCACAGAAUUUUAUUUUUUCUCGCAAAGAAUCUUUCGCGAUAAAGAAUUCGUUUAGAAUGCCGCAGGCUGAAGAAAAUAACACAUCUGACCAGGCUGCUGCUGCACCCUCGCCAACCGGCGAUGGAGAUGUUCAACCCGCAGCAGGCGCAGAGGGAGCCGAAAACCCGCGUCUGCCCUCGAAAUUGGAGUCAUUUUUCGCUGUUACCAAGUCAUUGAUACUGCGUGCCCUCAUUAUUUACUUCAUUACGUCAUUCUUCCGGAAACCCGCACCUACCAACGAGGUGGUCGAGAAAGGAAGUACUGCCGCCGCUGCUGCAGGACCCAAAAUCAAUGCCUGGAAUUUGUUUGAGAACGGAACUCUCUUCGAUUUGCACGUCUAUUUGUCAGAGAGUUUCGACGAGGUGAACUUUGGCAACCCCGCCAAUCUGGUUUGGCUGCAGGAGGGCCUGACAUACGGCGACUGGGUCUCGGGGCCAAAUAGCGAUGGAACGUAUACGCACAGUCUCAAGAUAAAAGCCUCAGAGAAACUCAUGAACAAUGGUUCAAUCUAUCUGCAUUCCUAUGUGACGCGUGCCGGAGAGAGCCCAGACCCCAAGAGCCCGUACUUCGGCAAAAAAUACAUGGGCUACACGCGCAAGAUGCUCAACAAGUUCAAGAAGAUCCGCGUCAAUCGAAACUACAAUCUGCUAGCGGGAGAGAAGGAAAAGCCUUCGACACAAGUUGAGCUGCCAAAGGAUACCAUCGUAUCCCACUGGCAUCCCAAUUUGACCCUGAAUCUGGUCACGGAUCAGACGAACUGGGCUCAGGGCUCGAUUCCUCCGCCACUCGAUGAAUACGUUCAGUUCAUCGAGAGCGGCCGCACCUACCUGCCAAUCCUCUUCAUCAACGACUACUGGAACUUGCAAAGGGAGUACACCCCCAUUAACGCAACCACUCCCGAGCUCGAGCUUCAUCUGACCUAUCAGCCUCUUAGCAUGUUCAAAUGGCAGCUGUACGCCGCCCAAUCGAUGAAAAACAAAUGGGCCGGAGGCAUGUUCGGCGAGAUCAUGACUGCCGGAGGCGGCAUGGCCGAUGAGAACGACGAGGACCAGGACUCCAUCAAGGAAACGCUCCUCGAGACAAACAUCUAUCUGCUCGGUCUGACUGUGGCCAUAUCUAUCCUCCAUUCCGUGUUCGAGCUGCUAGCAUUUAAGAACGACAUUCAGUUCUGGAACAACAGGCAGUCUCUCGAGGGGCUCUCAGUGCGUUCGGUCUUCUUCGGGGUAUUCCAGUCGCUUAUAGUGUUGCUGUAUGUGCUUGACAACGAGACAAAUAUUAUGAUCCGUUUAUCUUGCUUCGUUGGUCUGGGCAUAGAAGUCUGGAAGAUCCACAAGGUCGUCGAUAUCAAAUACGACGGCUCAGACAAGGUCUUCGGCAUCUUGCCUCGAGUGUCGUUCAAAGACAAGAGUUCCUACGAGGAAAGCGCUACCAAAGAAUACGAUAAUCUAGCAUUUAAGUAUCUCAGCUGGGCCUGUUUCCCACUGCUCAUCGGCUACUUCGGCUACUCGCUGUUCUACAACGAGCACAAGGGCUGGUACUCGUUCGUGCUGAACAUGCUCUACGGUUAUCUGCUGACGUUUGGCUUCAUCAUGAUGACUCCACAGCUCUUCAUUAACUACAAAAUGAAGUCGGUGGCGCAUAUGCCAUGGCGCAUGAUGACCUACAAAUUCCUCAACACCUUCAUCGACGACAUCUUCGCCUUUGUGAUCAAGAUGCCGACCAUGUAUCGGUUGGGUUGCUUCCGGGACGAUAUUGUCUUCUUCGUCUUCUUGUACCAGCGAUGGAUGUACAAGGUCGACCACAAGCGCAUGAACGAGUUCGGUUUCUCCAAGGAGAUGGAGGAAGAGGCCGCCUUACGGAAGGCAGCUGGAACUGGUGGAGCGAUAAAACCAGCCGAGGAAAAGAAGAAGGACUAAGGAGGAAGAGAUUUGGGAUGGAGAAGAAGCAGAAAGGAUUCGAUUGGACACAAAUAUUAUUUUAGUUAUUUUUUGUUCUCUUCAUCAUAAUUUUAUGUACACCUUUUUUGUUGUUGUCAUAAAAAUAUUUAUUAUAACAUAGACACAGGGUGUUUCUUUAAUAAAUACUGUUUAUUACAGUAGCAGUGUAGGAUUUAAUCAUAAUUUUUCUUUUCAAAUUCUUAGUUUUGUUUUAAAUUUAAUUAUCGCUCCAAAAGUUUGGGCGCCUUGAGAUUGUUUCCAUUUUUUAAUUUUAGUUCAAUUAUAAUGCAUUUUUUUCUGUUAAAUUUUGAGAAUCUUGUUGAAAACGCAUAAUUUAUAAAUAUACAUUUUCUUAUAUAUCUCAUUCUUUUCGUUCUCUCUCAUAUUCGGUGGUAGCCAUACAUAAAUUAUGUUGCUCUUGUAAAAUUUUGAAUGUAUGUAUUGUGUAAACCCUUGAUGGAGUCAGUAAUGGAAAGAGAAUUAAAACAUUUAUAAAAUAUAGACAAAUUAUCAUAAACGAA